AUGGGAACGGAGUUGGUUAUAUCGAAAAAAUACUCAUUGAUAGACUUACCGUUGAAUAUACUCUUUCAGAUAUUAUCAGAUUUAGAUUUAUAUGAGUUGCAAAAUGUGUCAAAAACAUGCAAGAUUCUAAGAAGCUUGGCCAAUGAAAGCUAUAUCUAUAGGAUUAAUUCGAGGGAUAAUAAUAGCCAGAGUAAUAAGUUGACAAAAAAAAUGGCGAUUGAUGUAUUUAAUAUUUUAAACAACAGUAGAAUAGCUAUUCAGCAAUUGAACUUAAACCACAACAUAUCUCUAAUAGAAUCAAUUAGAGCAAUACAAAAAAAGUAUAACUUAGAUCAUAAUCCUAUUCAUUUACAGAUAAAGGAAACUAUAAAUAAAAUUAUUAGUAAGAAUACAGAGAUUGAUAAUAUUAAUGAGAACUAUAUGCAUAAUAAUAAUGAUAAUAAUAACAGCAACAACAGCAGCGACAGCGACAGCAAUAAUAACAGUAAUAAUAUUAAAUUAAUAAAACCAAUGACUCCUGAAGUUUCUCCAUAUAUAGAAAUCUUACAAGGAUUUGAAAAAUUUGCAUUAGAGAAUCGGGAUAAUGAGAUAAUAGAUGAAGAAUCAGACAAUAAAGAUGAAGGUACUCCAGGACAAAGUAAUACAUCAAAUAUUAGCCAAGAUAUAGAAUCAGACUAUUCAAAAUCACCGACAAGUUCAUUGUUUUCAGAUGUAACUGUUAAACUCUCUCAAAAUACUAGCAUAAUAACAUCAAUAGAUGAUAUUGAACAUUCAACAGACACCGAACAACAUUUGAGAUCGAAAAAAUCUUUAAGUCAAUUGAGAUCUUCAAUGAAGGUUAAAGAUAAAACUGCAUUAUUCGAAAUGAUGUCUAACGAAGAAUCAAUUGUAUUUGAUAACAUUCUAACCAAUUACAACAUCGAUUUAGAUAUAGUCGAAAACUUACCAAGAACUAAUACUCCAACAGCACCUUCGGGUACAAAGAGGAAUAUAUCACAAGGAUAUUUAGAUGUUCUCACCAGAAGCAAUGAUCAAAUAGAUAAAUCAUAUCUAUCAAAGGCUUCAGAUACGAAUAAAAUUAAUGAAAGACAUUUAAGAAGAAAACUUAAGGCAAUUAUAAAGGACAAUAAUAAAAUAAGUUAUGAAAAUAUAUAA